AUGAAGAGUCUUAUCUGGGUCUGCCUUUUUUUGGCGCUCGCCGUGACCCUCUCCCAGGGGCAGCGGAAACAGUCUCAGGGAGAACGGCAGCAAGGUGGCCGACCAGGUGAUCAUCAAAGAGGUCGAGGUGGACGUGGGGGUCAUCAUGGUAGACCUCCUGGUCCACCCGGUCCUCCUGGCCCACCUGGCCCUCCUGGCCCACCCGGUCCUCCUGGUCCACCACCUAGUGGUCCUCCACCUUCUGGUCCACCUCCUUCUGGUCCACCACCUUCUGGUCCACCUCCACCCGGCCCUCCAGGCCCUCAUGGGCAUCAUCAUCAUCAUCCACCUGGACCACCCCCUAGUGGACCUCCACCAUCUGGUCCACCACCUUCUGGCGCACCCCCACCGGGCCCUCCAGGUCCUCAUGGGCAUCACCAUCACCAUCCCCCUGGACCACCCCCUAGUGGACCUCCACCAUCUGGUCCACCACCUUCUGGGCCUCCCCCUUCUACAUUAUCAGAAUACAAUGAAGACAAUACGGCCUCUUUCAACAUUGAAUAAUAAGUAUGUAUUGUCCCAUUAAUCUGAUUUGUAUUUGAACAAAUAAUAAAUUGAACAUAUAUAAACUAUAAAUCAUUAUUUAGAUAAAA